AUACGCCUUCUGGUUUGGUUUCAGUUUUUCACCGAGUAUAACUCAAAGCUGCUUGAGUCCAGUAACUACAUCACUAGAAGACAAGCUGUCAAGCUCUUGGCAGAUAUGCUGUUGGACCGCUCAAAUUCUGCUGUAAUGACACGUUAUGUUAGCUCAAGAGACAACUUGAGGAUUCUUAUGAAUCUACUCAGGGAGUCAAGCAAAAGUAUCCAAAUAGAAGCGUUUCAUGUCUUCAAGCUAUUUGCCGCAAAUCACAAUAAGCCUCCGGAUAUUGUUAGCAUCCUCAUUGCUAACAGAAGCAAACUACUUCGUCUCUUUGCCGAUUUUAAGACUGACAAAGAGGACGAGCAGUUUGAGGCCGAUAAAGCGCAAGUCAUUAAAGAAAUCGCAGCCCUUGAACCCAAGGACAUCAAAUAAAUUGCAGCCCUUAGACACAAGGAAUGCUGUUGAACUCGGCACUAGUUAUUUUUCUGAGUUGUUGAGUUUGUGUUGUAUCUUUAAUACCAAAAAAUGGUGUUUCUCUACUGAGAAAGUAUUUAUUGGCCUGUUUUUGGUUCCAUUUAUUUUUAUGAUUCUUAGGUUGCUGGCAUUGUCUUCGUGACGUAGUGGUUGUUAUUGUUACCUCCUUUUCAUCUCCUUGAGCCGAGGGUCUUUUGGAAAUAACCUCUUUACCCUCCAGGGCAGGAGUAAGAUCUGCACACACACUACCCGUCCCAGACCCCACGUGUGGAAUUAUAUUGAGUUGUUGUUGUUGCUGUCGUCGUCGUCGUCUUCACCUGUUUUUGGCAGUGCCAUUGCUUCUCAUUCAUUUCUGGUCCUUUA